CUCUGUCGUCAUUUCCUGUGGGUCUGCAGGCUAAAAGAGAAGAUGGCGGCGCUGGGGGAACCUGUACGGCUGGAAAGGGAUAUUUGUAGAGCAAUUGAAUUGUUGGAAAAACUGCAGAGAAGUGGGGAGGUACCACCGCAGAAACUCCAGGCUUUACAAAGAGUCCUUCAAAGUGAGUUCUGCAAUGCUGUGAGAGAGGUAUAUGAACAUGUCUAUGAGACUGUAGACAUCAGUAGCAGCCCUGAAGUGAGAGCUAAUGCAACUGCAAAGGCUACAGUUGCUGCAUUUGCUGCCAGUGAAGGACAUUCUCAUCCCCGAGUUGUUGAGCUACCAAAAACAGAAGAAGGCCUUGGAUUCAAUAUUAUGGGAGGCAAAGAACAAAACUCUCCAAUAUAUAUAUCUCGAAUAAUUCCAGGUGGAAUUGCUGAUAGGCAUGGAGGCCUCAAACGAGGAGAUCAACUCCUCUCUGUGAAUGGAGUGAGCGUUGAAGGAGAACAUCAUGAAAAAGCUGUAGAACUGCUGAAAGCAGCUCAAGGGAAGGUUAAAUUAGUAGUACGAUAUACACCCAAAGUCCUAGAAGAAAUGGAGUCACGUUUUGAAAAAAUGAGAUCAGCAAAACGCAGGCAACAGACCUAAUACAGUUCAAACUUUGUAUUGCAGUUUGCUUUUUAGCUAGAGAAGUUUUACUUGUGACCUACUGAGGGCCGCAAUGCCAGUGAUUGUAAAAACAAACAAAUAUCCCGUGAGAUCCUUCUUACCAUUUUAUAAAUGCCUAUUUUAACAUUAUUUAUGGUUCCAGAGAUGCAUACACUUUUUUCUGAUGAGAAAAAGUAAAAGGUGAUGAGGGCGAUUGUGUCCUGCUGUUUUUACAGGCCUUUUUCAAAUGCAGAUUUUGUCAUAAAAUUGUUAUAGAUUUUUUAAAAUGCUUUUUUAAUAUUAAAAUGUACUUUUACAUUCUUAAUCUUUUUUUAGGAAAAAUGUUUUCUUUAUUUGGCUACAUAUUUAAAAAUAACAGUUCUCCAGUUCUUUUUUCGCUUACUCUAUUUUUUUUAAUCUGUAAAAUUUCUUUACAAUUUUCCAAGAAACUAAACAGUCUCACCUAUAGCAGUUCAUUAAACUGUCAGUGUUAACAUCACUGCUGCAUUUUGUACUUUGAACACACACAUAAUAUAUAUACUCAAUGGUAAAUCAUAACUCAGCACAGUGGAAGUUUUUAAUUUUAUUUAAACAUAAUGUACAAUGGAUAUUCAUUUAUACUGAUUUAUACAAAUUUUUAAACACUGAAACAAUCAUUGCUGAAAUAUGUAUUUCAUAAUAUUUGAGCGGUAAGGCAAAAGGAUAUAAUUUGAUUGUUAACAUUACUAAUUACAUCCCUUUCUAUUUAUAUUCAGUAUAUCAUAAAUUAUAAAUGCAAACAGGUUCAGAUUUCCUUGCAAAUUUUUUUAAUGCUAUUCAUUUUUAUUUAAAUAUAUUUCUUAUAUUUUGGUCCUUCCAUUCCUAGAGAUGAGCCAGUUAGUUUGUGGUUGGAAAUGGCAGAAGUGAAGAGGAAAAAGUAAUACUUUUAAUCUCCCUAGCCUCGAGAGUUGUACAUUCUUACUAGUUCAAUUGAAAGAAUUGAUUUUCAAUAGGAAGAAGAGAGAAGGAUUUAUUUAAGAUAUAUAGAAAUUAAUGAUGUAAUGUAUUCAUAAGAAUCUAUAGACUGUGUCAAAAUGAGUAGGAACUAUUAAAAAUGAUUGGAUUUAGAGAUGUAAUCUUUGUUUAUGGUCAAAUAUAAUGAUAGGAAUUUUGAGAGAUACUUUAUUUCAUUUGUCCACUGGAUGUCACUGUUUUACUAAAAGGCAGCUAUUAGUGGAUGAUUGUGACUGGGAUCUAAAAGGCUGAAAUUAGAGUUUGUUUUCAGUCACAACUUAUAGGAAGUUUCCUACUUUUCACAAUAUUGUAAGUGACAAGCAGAAAAGAAGAUAGUGGAUUAAAAUGUAUGAGAAAUUUGGCAUAAUUAUUGACCCUAUAUUUGAAAAGUGGGCAUUUUGUAACAUUCCUUCAGGAAGACUAGAAAUGUAUACCUUUUUCUGCAUGUUUGUGAGCACUGUGAUUCUUAAAAGAUUAUUCCAGGUUUCAGUGAUUUCUCAGAAUAAAAGUCAAUCAGCAUUGUUAUUUAUCAUUUAGGUAUUGAACACUGGAUUGCAUGGUUGAAUGUGUCUUAGUCCACUACAAAAUGUGCUUGUUAUUGAUAGGAUCAUGUUAAAUUGUAUAUUUUCAAAAUUGAUGUUUUUAAAAUGUUGAGACCAAAGUAGUAUAGAAGAAUUAUGGACUUAUUUUAAUUUAAUUGUAAAAUUAUUAGUUGUAGAGCUUUAUAUAUUAAAGAGAGGUAUUGGUGCAUAUGAAAACAGUAAUAUUAUUGUUAUGCUCGUAUUCUUGCAUUACAGGGUAAGUAAACCCUGAAGAAACCCUAUUUUAGUGUAACUACAGCUGCAGUAGCUUUUAAGAACGUAUCAACAUUUCAUUAUAAAUUACAGCUUCCUGGUUUGGUGUCUCAGCUGUUUCAGAACUUCCAGCCAAGUUAAAUCUUUUUGGUGUUGAAACUUAGUAAGUUGAGUAAGCGUUUUUUCUACAGUAAUCCACAAUCUGUUCUUUGUGUGAGUUGGCACCUAUUUAUAUUUCUUAAAAUAAGGAUAGCUUGAAGGAGCCAACUACAGUAGUUUUGCUUGCUCCUGUUGAGCAUGAGUAGCAGUAGUUUGUUUUCAUCAUUAAUGCAGUUUUCUAGUGUCUCCCAGAAUUUUAAAUCUUGACCACAGAGAAAUUCAAUCCUUCAGUGGCAAAGAGGUAUAGUAGUGGUCUAGUAUAGAAAGGAAAUGAAGGGAAUUUUCAUCUUAUAAAAGAAUGGUUCAUGAAUAAAACUAGGCACAUAGUAAGUAUAUAAUAGGUGUUUGAUUUAUAGGUUACAAGUAUAACUUAUCCCCCUGCUCAGUUUCCAUUUAUUGUCUUGAUAGUUCAAAAUGGGUUGACUAAAACUUUUGCUGCACAUCAGAGCACCCUACAGAACUUGAGGAAUAUUGAUACCUAUUAACUACUAAGUCAGAAGCACUCAUUUUUUUAAACCUUUCCUGGUGAUUCUAAUGGACACCCAGCGCUGAGAACCAGUAGUUUUCACCUUUGUAAAAUGAUCUAAUUACACUGGAUUCUGUUUGGAAGUAUUGGAAUGGAAUAAUUCAAUUUGCAGCUAUUUAAUGAUUGAUUAUAUUUCUUAAGCAUUAAAGGCAACUUGGCAUUCCUUAUUUGGAAAGUAAUUGCAGUCUACUUUUUAAAAAAUAAAUCUACCAGUAGUUUAAAAGUAAUCUUUUAGUAUAUGUCAUCUUUCUGCCCCCAUUGCCUUUAAAACUUAGAAAAAUAAGUGUUUAUUAUUUGAAAAAGCAUGUUCAGAAAUUGCAGGUGAGAAAUGUUGUCAAUGAUAAUUACUUGCUGUCUUAAUAUGGCCACUUUAACCAUUUACUGGAUUAUAGUGGCCUUGUAUUGUAGGGUUUGAUGAUUCAGAUGUGUUUUUUAAAAAUAUCAUUGUCCUUCUCUUCUAAAUUUCUAAAAGCUUUCUGGUCAAGAACUUAAGUAGUUUGGCUCAAAUACUGUGUUUAUAAUUAAAAUGGAUAUUACAUCAUUUAAUAGAAGAAAUGGUUAUGGCUUAUCUGAAAAGAAUGUCAGCAUGGCUUGGUAUAGACUUAAAAGAGUACAUGUUGUGAAAAUUUUAUAAUGUGGAAUGAUCAUUGAAAUAUCAAGGACUUUAGUAAUUGUAUUUCCUGAAUAAAUGUAUGUUUAUGAAUUUUCUAACUUA